AUAUUAUCAAACUCUUUGACCUAACCUCAAAAAUCAAUCAGUAUCAGUUAACAACAAGCAACAACAAUGCAAUCUUUUGAAAACAUAAACAAUGAAGCAUUAAAGUAAACUGAAGAUAAUAAUUAAUUUAUCUAGUUACACAAUCAAAAACGUUAAAUGUGUCUUUGUAAAAUUAAGAUUUCAUUCUGUUUUUCCAUCUUGAUAUGAAUGACAACCAAUGUUUGUGAAUAUAAUGGUUUCCUGUGAAUCAACAUCGUAGAAAAAUGCUCAAUGGUGAAGAAAGCCCUGAAUCUCCCGGCUCCAGAGCAGGAACUAGUAGUGAAUACAGGGUUUUGGGAAAAAGAAAGCCUUCGAGUUCAAGCACCAACGAUGAGACUGUCCGCCCAUCUGUCCCUAGGUCUUCAAAAAUGUCACACCCUGCAUUCGGCCGACACCGAUCCGAUGGACGGAGCGGUGAAUUACAUUCACUCUCCAAACGUCAACGGUCGGAAUCAAGAAAACGGUCAAUUGUCAAUGAAGAUCAACUACGGCAAGCUGAAAACGUUGUUAUGGACGAUGAAGACGGAGAUAUAUUUUCUGGUGGUCAAGUGCUCAAUGAGAGCAGACCAUCUGAAAAUGAGACAAAUGAAUCAAGGGAACAGUUAGGUUGCAAAAUAGCAGCUCAUUGUCUCGGCUCCAACCUCAGCAGUGAGGAUCUGUCUUCGCAUCUGGCCAGUUGCAUACAACUGAAUACUGCCAAUAAAAUCAACAAGAACAAUGCAUUCAGUUUACAGCUGAUAGACUAUAUGUGUGUUCUCAUGGCAAGGAAUGAUAAAACAAUCAAUGAUUUUCCUACAAUGAGCUGCAGUUUGGACGCCAGCUCGAAAAUAUACGCAUGUCGCGUAGAUUGCGUGCAUUCGGGGAUUAUGGAAAUAGCUACUGGCCUCUCCAGUAUCACCGAGAAGGCAAAAUUGAACAGAAAUCGAAUGGAUGAUUCUGACGAACACUCUGGGGGAGAGGAGGAGGUACAGAGACGUAGGAGGAGGCGGAAACGAAUGAUUCUAGUUUCGGUUGUUACACCAUUAUCAAUCUCUAAUCUUUCGAAAGGAACUAACCUACUAGGCAGUGGAUGGGAAGACUAUGAACUAUUCGGUGAUGAGUGUAAUAACAACAAUAACAAUGAUUUAUUCAUGAAUGAUGUCACAUCCAUUGAAAUAGAUGAAACCCCAGAUAAGGAUGAUUCAAAUCAAAAUUCGUGUAAUGAGGAAGAAGUUAAUGUGGAGGCAAAUGAUUUGGAAAUAGUAAGCUGUCAGGAAGGUCCAGAAUCUAGCAACGUUAGUUGUAGUGAAAGUGGGGAUGAAUUGGGAAUAGUUGAACGUGCCCAAUGUUCGAGGAAGAAAUCUAGGUUAGAUGCCCUGAAUUUUGUGAAUUCUAGAGCGUUGCAAGCUCCUGAGGAAAGUAUUUACUCGUAUUUCGACACAGAUUUGCUGCCCGAUUUUUGGGCGGGACCUGAGUACUGGAAACCGAAGUUCAGGCGGCUUAAACCGAGCAGAAGAGUUAAGGAAGAAGAAGAAGAGGUGAUGUCAAGAAUUAGGAAGAAAACGCCGAAGAAAGAUGUGUUGUGCUUUGAAAAUCUGAGGAACUUUGAUCUAGCCAGAGACAGUGCGCGGAGUAAGUUAGAUAGACGCGUGAUGGCAAGGUGGCUCGACAGUGAUAUGACGAAACCAGUACGACAUGACAACAAAAUCCAAGAUUUGUUCAGGUCGUUUCUGAGGAAAACGUUGUUCUUCAAGCCGUACCUCACUAGGGAAGAGGAUGCAGAUGAGGUGAAGGUGGAAACCGAGUUCACAGAUGAUGGGGGAAUUAUAUUUGACGAGUUAUAUGAGGACAAUAUUCAUACCCUGACUGAGAACGACCUAGCACCCAGAAAUGUGGCAGCUCAAGAACCGAUGUCUCCAUCUGAAUGUCAUGAUGAAGUGGAGGAUCAGCUAUGUUUUGAAGUAAAUUCGAACAAGGAGAAUGAUUAUCUGCGACCUAGAUCUUACAUUGCCCAGAACAAUUCGCAACUGACUUAUGAAACUGUUCCGAAAAAGUUGGAUAUGAAGAUGCUGAAGAGUACUGUCUGGACGCUGUUGGACGGAGAUAGAGAAAACAGUAUCUCCAAUAAUCAUGGUACGCAACUGACCAGUAAUAUUUACACCCAGCUCCAGGAUCAUUUACCUGAUGAUGUCUGGAAAGAUACGAGCCCAGCCUUAGUAUUUCUAGCGUUACUGCAUUUGGCCAAUGAGAAAACACUGAAAUUGAAAGCGACCGAAUCCAUGACAGACGUAAUAGUUGAAAAAGGUUGAGACGUUUCAAGGAAUCUUGCGUGUUUCAGCGAUAGAAAAGCUGGGAAAUGAUUAUUUUCAAUAACAAAUUAAAAUGAUCUCAAAUGAAAUGAUUUAAUCAUUUAAAUGAUUAAAUGAUCUUAGUAUCGAUUAAGCACAGGUUGACAAAAUCAUUUCAACUGGACAAUAA